CCAACCCGUACCGUCAAACAACGAAAUGGAUGCUUGCGCUGCCGAAACGCAAUCUGUGGGCCGACUGCUUCCGAACAGCCCGUGACCGAUACCGGUGGAGAGCGGUCUGGAUGGUGCUACGCGAUAAAACCCCGAGAAAAUCCAACUCUUUUAAUCUUAUCAGAUCGUCUCCUCUGCAUCCUUCCUCCAUCCCGCCUUCUAUCCCUCACACUUGUUAUCAGAUUGAAUUUUUCCUACCAUGAGAAUGCCGAACCUUACAGAUGCUAUUGGCGGUAUGUCGCUGUCGUCACCAAACCGUGUGCUUGUUGUUGGCUGCGCGUACGGAGGCAUCUCAGCGAUUGUCAACCUUCUCGAGUACUCCAACGGCAAGGCAAGACAGCCCGUGUACCCAGGACCAGACUUUAAGGGAGCAAAGAGCAGGCGAGGGGUCGAAGUCACCGUUAUUGACGAGCGCGAUGGAUACUUUCACUCGGUGGGAGCUCCACUUGCGCAUGUGGCAUCGGAGUACACAAGUCACAUGUGGAAGCGCUUCUCACAUCUGAAUGAACUGAAGCAACCAAACUUGACCUUCAAGCACGGCUCGGUAAAGAGCAUCAACCCAGAGGCCAAGGUUGCUGAAUGGUCUGACCGCAGCGGCAAGACUCAGCAGCAAGCGUACGACUACCUUAUUGUAGCCACAGGAUUAAAGAGGCACUGGCCUGCUGUGCCAAAAUCUGGCAGCUACGAGGAGUACCUAAGAGAUGGAAAGAGCUUCAUCGAGAAGAUUACUGGCGGUGAUGAAUCAAAGCACGAGGGACGACGAGUGGUCAUCAUCGGCGCUGGCGCCGUUGGAAUUGAGUUCGCUGGUGAGAUCAAGCAGUACUAUCCCAAAAUUGGGGUCACGCUCGUACACUCUCGCGACCAAGUUUUGUCAUCAGAACCGUUACCUUCAGAGCUCAAGGACCGUGUAGGGACUAUGCUGAAGGAGGAGGGUGUCGAUGUUGUUCUUGGCAAUAGAGCUAAGAUCGAGGAGCUGUCAAAUGGCAAGUUUGAAGUUACCCUGGCGAACGGCGAGAAGAUCACAGCAGACUUCGUCAUCGAUUCAACAAGAAAGGGCAUGCCAACCACAGACAUCCUCCCCGAAGCCUGCUUGAAUGAAGACAAAGAGAUCAAGGUCCACAACAGCCUCAUGUUCAAGGACACCAUUCCUAACCACACAUCUCACUUCGGUGUCGGCGACGUCAUCCAAUGGUCGGGCAUCAAGCGCGCUGGUAGCGCAACAGUCAUGGGUCAAGCAGCUGCACAAAACAUCUACUCCUCGAUUUUGAAUUCCGAACUCCCUGAAACAGCACCAGAGUCUGACCGCCACGGACAGACAGAACUUCCAUCUUGGGAUGCCGUCAUUGGUAUUGCGGUCGGCAAGCAGUGCUUGACCUACGAUCCGAAGAAUGGCAUCAAAUAUGGUGUCGAGGUCAUGCAGAACUACUUCGGCAAGGACUUAGGCUGGACUGCGAGUCUGAAGUACAUGGGUUUGACAGACACCAUCGACCCGGUGGAAGUUGAGCUCAAGGAGCCGGAAGCGACAAAGCUUACAGAGGUUGGCAUCAAGCCUGUCAGUAUCGCAGCAUAG